AUGGCUGAAAGUGGAGCAGUGUAUGAAUCAUCAGCAGAGUCGAAGUCGUUCUUUAGGAGGCACUGGGAAGGCUACAAAGAGUUCUGGAGCGAGAGAUUCUCCAUUUUGGAUAACUAUUCGAGGUUUGUCAAAAGAGAGAAGCCUCUCCCUUCUUGGUCUGACUCUGAUGUAGAGGAGUUCAUCGCCUCUGACCCAGUUCAUGGCCCCACACUUAAGACUGCCCGUGAAGCAGCAAAAUAUGGUGCCCUCGGAAGCCUGAUUGGAGCAGUUUCCACUGCGGGUUUUGCUUGGAAAUAUUCAAGGAGUCCCCAUGGUGCUGCAUUAUCUUUUGGAGCAGGAGCUAUAUUUGGGUGGACAUUUGGACAGGAAAUUGGAAACCACAGCCUGCAACUUUACAGGUUGGAUACCAUGGCUUCUCAGGAAGCUUCCAAUAUGGAUUUGCCUGCUGCUUGUUUCCCAGAGAAUGGAUAUGAUAGAACACGUGUUUUCUAUGAAACAUUUCUAUACCCCGAAACCCACAAACUAUUGGGACCUAAUAAUACAUAUGGAAUAUUGAAUAUUCACUAUGGAUGGGGAUGUUAUAUUGCACAUAAAAGUGGGGAUGACCAUCAACCCUGCCCCUCCCAUUCAUAUGCCAAGCCAAAAACUUCUACAACUGUUCAACAACAGCUUUAA